AUGAAGUGCCUCCUGCUCGCCCUCAGCGUCGCCCUGGUGUGCGGCACCCAGGACACGGGCGUCCCCCAGCCCAUGGAGGACCUGGACGUCCAGAAGGUGGCCGGGACCUGGUACUCCGUGGCCAUGGCGGCCAGCGACCUCGCCCUGCUGAGCACCCAGAGCGCCCCCCUGAGGCUGUACGUCCAGGAGCUGAGGCCCACGGCCCAGGGCGACAUGGAGAUCAUGGUGCACAGAUGGGAGGGCGGCCGGUGUGUUGAGAAGAAGAUCUUGGCUGAGAGAACCGAGUGUGCAGGGAAGUUCAACAUCGACUACCCCGAGGAGGACCGGCUGAUGGUGCUGGACACCGACUACAACAACUUCCUGUUCGCCUGCGUGGAGGGCGCGGCCGCCCCCGCGCGGAGCCGGGCCUGCCAGUACCUGGCCAGGACCCCCGAGGUGGACCCGGCGGCCAUGGAGCAGUUCGAACGGACCUUGAGGCUGCUGUCCAUCCACAUCCAUAUCAUCCUCACCCCGACCCAGGCGGAAGAGAGGUGCCGUGUCUGAGCGCGUCCUGCCGACCGCCUCCUGGG